GUACUAAUCACAUCUUCAAUAAUGGCCGGACGUGUUACUUUCAGAAGAAGAAAUCCAUACAACACCAAAUCCAACAAGAUUAAGGUCGUUAAGACCCCAGGUGGAAAGUUGGUUGCCCACCACUUGAAGAAGCUCACUGCUAGACCAAAGUGUGGUGACUGUGGAUCUGCUUUGGCUGGUGUCUCCACCUUGAGACCAAGAGAAUACGCCCAAGUUUCCAAGACUCACAAGACUGUCCAAAGAGCUUACGGUGGUUCCAGAUGUGCUAACUGUACCAAGGAAAGAGUCGUCAGAGCUUUCUUGAUCGAGGAACAAAAGAUAGUUAAGAGAGUGUUGAAGGAAAAGGAAGAAAAGGAAAAGAAGGCUGCUGCCAAGAAAUCCAGCAAGUAAAUGCACCUUUCAUUCAUUCCAUGUAUAACAGAUAAUAUUUAAUCGUCCAUCGAUAUAUACAUAACGCUUAAUAUAUUUGUAGAC